AUGAGUAGCGAAAGUGGUCAGAAACGCCGGCGGGGCCACACCAUAAAGGGCAGGACCGCAAGACAUCCAAUUAGAAGGAAUGCAUCGCCAUCAGUAUUGGUACAGGAGGCUGCAUCGAACUCAGUAAUAAAUGGACAAAAGUGGCAACAAUUGGAAUACAUAGAAGGAUUUUUGAAACUGUUAUUAUGUGCACUGAGGGCGUAA